AUGGAAUUUGGUGUUUAUCUUCCCAAGAGCAUCAACAUGAAGACAAUCUGUGUGCUUAUACUGUGCACUAUUGCACUGUCGUCUGCUGAAGACCAUCCUCGUGGCAGGAUGAUCCAGGUCUGCGGAGCUGAACUCGCCAGGGCUGUCAAACGUGUGUGUGAAGACGGAGACCUGGAUUUCUUUAACCUCCAACACUUACAGCAUCAUCACCAGCACAAUCACCAAUCAGAUCACCAACAUGAUCACCAGCAUGGACAUCACCAUGAUUCAAAGGGGCAACUGAAGAAGAGAGACACAUCCACCACUUUAGCUGACCAUUGCUGCCUCAAGCCAUGUCAUGUCAAAGAUUUUGUCAGUUAUUGUCCUUGA